CUUUCAGUUGAGUAAUUAUCUCCCGUAUCGGCACUAGUGAGCUCUCUGUUUCUUAUCUUACGACGAGUCAAUCGCAAGUUGACCUUUUAAUCUCCUGCCAUCGCCGUUCAACUGUCGACUUUCUUCUCUCUUUUCAACUCAUCCUCGUGUGACCUUAUUUCGAUCUGUUCGGUCUGACUUGUGCUGCCGGCCGUUUCUUUCUUUUCGGACUUCAAUCUUGUUCAAAGUAGAACUCUUGUUACCAUCGUUACCGUGGUGCGCCGUGGCCUUUGAUCACCGUGCCCGUGGCCUUUCACCUUCCAGACUUUGACUCUAUAGAACACAUUCUAAUUCAUUUAUUGAUACCAAAUCAUGUCUUUGAUUCACUCCGACAACCUGGCUCCUCAGCCAUGGACCGACAUUUUCACUGAAGACACCUGCAUCGACAGGCGGCAGUGCCACCGUACGGUGCCCAUGAAGGUGCUCGCUCUGGGUGUGGGAAGAACGGGAACAGCUUCCCUUCGCAAGGCUCUUGAGCGCUUGGGCUACAUGAAGACCUACCACAUGAUGUCCGCCAGUAUGGAGAACCCGCCGGACUGCUUGAUGUGGCACGACGCUCUGUGCGCCAAGUACGAUGGCGUGGGUGAGUUCGGUAGAAAAGAAUGGGAUCAGCUUCUGGGUGACUGCCAGGCCGUCUGCGACUGGCCUGCCUGCGCCUUUGCUAAGGAGCUGAUUGAAGCCUACCCCAAUGCCAAGGUCAUCUUGACCACCCGCGAGGUCGAAUCGUGGCAUGCUUCUGUAAUGAAGACCGUUUGGUGGCGUGUGUCGGAUCCCGAACACAGAUUCGUCUCGAACUUCAGCUGGGCCGCCAGCAUGUAUUAUCCCAUGCUCAACAAGUUCUUCCAAACUUUCUUCCGGGGAGAUUUCCCCAACAAGGGCAAGCAGGUGUACCUCGACCACGUGGAGGAGGUCCGCAGCCUGGUGCCCCCUGAAAGACUGCUAGAAUACCAGAUUGGCGAGGGCUGGGGCCCGCUCUGCGAAUUCCUUGGCGAGGAGGUGCCCGACACCCCCUUCCCCCGAGGCAAUGACAUGGCCGACUUCUUCAAGCGCUGCCGCUCUCGCAACAGGCGCCAGAUGCUGAACGCCGCUCUCCAGGCCUUCACCAUGGGUGGAGCUCUCUUGGCCACCGGCCUGGUCGCUUCUAUGGCCUUCAAGCGCUUCUCCCGGUAGAGGCCAUCAAGCUUUCGUUGUCUGCGUCUUCAUCCUGUCGUGUGCGCUGGGCGCCAAUCGUCAUGGGUUUUUGCUUUCUGUGUAUCGAAUUUUAUAUACCGAUGAGCGCACCGGCCCCAGAGCGAGGGUCGGAUUAUUGUUAUAAUGCUUGGUUAUUACCGUUUGUGAAAUUGUUUCUGUAUUGGGUAUUCGUGGGACAUGAUGGAUUGAUUAGACGGGUACCGGCAGGAAAAGCAUUGGGCGGAUAGCACUUCUCUUUCGCUCAGUCUUGAAGGUAUCAUUUCAUUACUGAUUUUACCUGGCGC